UAGGCUAGUUGAGUCAGCCGUAGUAGUGGCACGUCCGACGUUAGGUAAAAACAACUUUGAGGAUGUCCAAGAAGCAGGACAAGGUGGACAACGGCAUUGUCGCCGUGAAGAGCAAAUUCGAUGCCGACAUCAUCAGAUUCUCCAUGAAUCGUAACGAGCCUAUGAGUUAUGAGGACUUUGGGAAGCUAUUGGCGCAAAGGCAUGAUUUGGGGACAGACUUUAGCUUUUCAAUUUGGUAUACGGAUACAGAUGGUGAUCUACUUCCCAUCAAUAAUGAUAAUAAUCUGGCGAGGGCUUUAGCAAAUGCCAAGUGCCUGCUCCGAAUUUUUAUACAUAGGAAAGGUGAUGGAGCGUGGGAUAAUGGAUAUGGUACAAUGAAACCUAAAAAUUUGAUAUCCAGUAUUUUGGGUGGUACACCAGGCAAACCAAAAUCUAUAGUUAUUUCAAAUCCACAUGAUUUUAGACAGGUAUCUGCAAUUAUUGACGUUGACAUACUGCCAGAAACCUGUCGACGUGUACGUCUAUUAAAACAUGGAUCCGAUAAACCUUUGGGAUUUUAUAUCAAGGAUGGUGAAAGUUAUCGUGUACUGCCAUCAUCUGCUGGUGGUGGAAUUGAAAAGGUUCCAGGUGUGUUUAUUAGUAGAUUAGUACCAGGUGGCUUAGCAGAAAGUACAGGGCUUCUAGCUGUGAAUGAUGAGGUUCUGGAAGUAAACGGUAUAGAAGUUGCAGGGAAAACGCUCGAUCAG